AUGGCUGAUCCAGCUCCUGUUCUCUGGCCUUCGGGCCAUCCCACACCUCCUUUGUCGCCCCGCAAAAGGCGUCGUUAUCUUCGUGAAUCCGAAGAGUCACAAGGCGAGAUGAGUCUGGAGCAAUACAUGUACUCCUCUGAGAUCUAUCGAUCGGUCAGCAUCACCAGUCCACUACCUCUACCGGUGAAAAUGGAGACUGUGCCUGCUCUGGAACAGAAAAUCAGUCCACUUUACCCAGAGAUCCAAGCCAUUAUGCGCCGUCACAAUCUGGAUGUCACCACAACCUUCCAAUGUGGGAAGAUGAGCAAACCAAAAUAUCCUGGCGGUGAUAUCCUUUUGAACUUCUUCUCUAUCUAUCUCAGCGACUCCGACCCCAACAUUCCUCCUCUCGGUCCCAUCAAAGACGACAUCGUGGGACUCUUCCGCCAGCAUAAGAUCAACGCGCAUGUUCAGGUCGUAAGCAGCAAACACUGUCAUCGCCCCUCUGUGUUCUUCAUCGCCUCAACCCAUCCUCUUGUGAUAGCCUACGAACGAACUAAACGCAAUAUUGUCAAGCUUCUCAACCAGACAAUCGGCAACAAGUGGCGGUUGCUUUGCCCCUUCAAUGUUGGUUCAAUGAGAGCCAAGGCGCAACCAAUGAUCGUGGUACUUGUGGAGCCAUGGACACGCGCAAAUUGGUUCGAGCUGCGAACUCAGAUCAUGCAUCAGCUCUCGCCAAAUAUGAAAACGGAUGACUUUGACAUUGAAUUUUUGCCGGGUGGCUUGUCACUUUUGACCAAUGGCGGAGAAUCCUUUGUGGACCGACUCACUCCAAAUGCCGCUCCUCGAAUGGGCUACUCGAUCGGCAUUCCAGGAGACAACAAUGCAGGCACAUUAGGUGGAUUUGUCACAUUGACCCACGGUGGAAUUGUUCGCCGAGGCUUCCUCACGAAUUACCAUGUUGUCAGGCCUUCGGAAUCUGAAGACAACGACCAGUUCCUCAAAGACCUCGAUCGUUCUGGGUCAUCUCCCGCUCGGCCUCUGAACCAGGUGGUUGCAAUUGAAUGCCUGGCUAGCAUAGACAGAGAUGUUACACUUACCAGCCUUAAUUCCUCCUUAAAUGCCAUGCGCGAGCAGUACUCUGAGUUCAGUGCUAAAGUGCAAGAACGAGAACUGAUUGGAACAACUCCGCGUCCCCGACUCCUAGAAUGGAUAGCAAAUUACGACUCUCACAUGGAGAAAUUUUUGCCUCAGCAUGUAGCAGUCGAGAGAAUGCCACACAUCUUGGGAGAAGUGAAGUUCGUGUCCGGAAAGCAAUUUCGUGGUGGCCGAGUCCUAGAUUGGGCUUUCGUUCAACUCUCCGAAGAGGCCGAGCAACAAUGUUUCAGACCAAACCGCAUGUUUACAAUCCCUCCUGCCUUUCUGCCACAUCAACUCAUACCUCCUCACCCUCUUAUGGUUGCCCAAGAGCACAGUGUUCUGAACGAAUUCAGCUCACUCAAUGGAGGGGAUUAUUGCGUGAAAAACGGCCGUACCACUCGUGUUACUGCAGGCAUCUGCAACGGACCAAAAGCGUACUGCAAGUGGAAAUCCAGCACGAGAUACAACCCUAGUGGGAACCCAGUGGACAUGGCUACUGAGGCAACUGCAUUGUGA